AUGGUCCACCUCGACCACAUCAGGAACCACCACGACCACCUUGGAGUCCACCACAACCUCCUCAGGAUCCUCUACGCCCUCAGAGACCUCCACGAUGCCAUCAGUGUCCACCCUGACCACCCCAGGGACCUCCACAACCACCUCAGAGUCCACCACAACCACACCGGUGACCACGACAUCUUCCUCAGGGUCCUCCACGACCUCAGAGACCUCCACGAUGCCAUCAGUGUCCACCACGACCACCCCAGUGAUUUCCACGACCUCAGGGACCACCCCAACCAGCACAUGGACCACCACCACCUCCUCAGGGUUCUCCACCACCACCUCAGAGAGCUCCACGACCUCAGGACCACCACAACCAGCACAUGGACCACCACCACCUCCUCAGGGUCCUCCAUGACCACCUCAGGGACCACCACAACCGUCCCAGAGACCACCACGACCACCCCAGUGACCACCACAACCCCUCCAGAGACCACCACCUCCUCAGGGAAGCUCCACGACCACCCCAGAGACCCCCAUGACCACCCCAGGGAGCAGCCCAAGCACCUCAUGGACCACCUCGACCACACCAGGAACAACCACGACCAACACAGAGACCACCCUGAGCACCUCAGGGACCUCCACAAUCUCAGGGACCACCACAACCUCCUCAGGGUCCUCCACGACCAUGUCAGGGACAACCACCUCAGACACGACCACGACCAUCACAGGGAGCUCCACCACCCCAGUGACCUCCACAGGCACCACAGGGACCCCCACAAUCUCCCCAGUGACCACCACGAUCUCCUCAGGCACCUCCACAACCUCCACAGGGUCCUCCACGAGCUCAGAGACCCCACAACCAUCACAGGGACCACCACAACCACCUCAGAGAGCUCCACAACCAUCACAGGGAGCUCCACAACCACACCAGAGAUGCCCACGACCACCCCAGUGACCACCACGACCAACACAGGGUCCUCCACGACCCCUCCUAAGACCACCCCAACCUCAGGGUCCUCCACAACCACUUCAAGAACACCCACAACCACCCCCGUGACCACCACAACGUCCUCAGGGUCCUCCAUGACCUCAGGGACCACCCCGACCAGCACAUGGACCACCACCACCUCCUCAGAGACCUCCACGAUGCCAUCAGUGUCCACCCUGACCACCCCAGGGACCUCCACAACCUCAGGGACCACCACGACCUCCUCAGGGUCCACCACGACCACAUCUGGGACCUCAAUGACCUCAGGGACCACCACGGCCAUCCCUGAGACCACCCCGACCACCUCAGGGCCCACCACGACCUCAGUGACGUCCAGCACCUCCUCAGGCUCCACCACGACCAUGCCAGGGACCUCCGUGACCACCCCAGGGAGCUCCACGACCACAUCAGAGACCCCCACGACCACCCCAGGAAGCAGCCCAACCACAUCAGGAACCACCACGACCACCUCAGAGUCCACCACAACCUUCUCAGGGUCCUCCACGACCUCAGAGACCUCCACGAUGCCAUCAGUGUCCACCACAACCACCCCAGUGAUUUCCACGACCUCAGGGACCACCCCAACCAGCACAUGGACCACCACGACCACCUCAGAGACCUCCACGACCUCAGUGACCACCUCAACCACCCCAGAGACCUCCACAACCACCUCAGGAUCCACCACAACCACCUUGGGGACACCCACAACUGCACCAGUGACCACCACGACCACCCCAGUGAUUUCCACGACCUCAGGGACCACCCCAACCAGCACAUGGACCACCACCACCUCCUCAGGGACCUCCACCACGCCCACCUCAGGGACCUCCAUGACCACCCCAGUGAUGACGUCAACCACCCCAGUGACCUCCACGAGCACCACAGGGACACCCACAAUCACCCCAGUGACCACCACGAUCUCCUCAGGCACCUCCACAACCUUCUCAGGGUCCUCCACAACCUCAGAGACCUCCACGACCAUCACAGGGAGCUCCACGACCACACCAGAGACGCCCACGAGCACCCCAUGGACCACCCCAACCUCCUCAGGGACCUCCACGACCCCUCCUAAGACCCCCCCAACCUCAGGGUCCUCCGCAACCACUUCAAGGACACCCACAACCACCCCCGUGACCACCACGACCUCCUCAGGCACCUCCACAACCUCAGAGACCUCCACAACCGUCACAGGGAGCUCCACGCCCUCAGGGACCACCCCGACCAGCACAUGGACCACCACCACCUCCUCAGGCUCCACCACGACCUCCUCAGGGACACCAACAACUGCACCAGUGACCACCACGACGUCCUCAGGGACCACCCUGACCUCCUCAGGCUCCACCACGACCACUUCUGGGACCUCAACGACCUCAGGGUCCACCACGACCACCUCAGGGACCUCCAUGACCACUCCAGUGACCUCCACAACCUCAGCCACCACCACGAUGACGUCAGCGUCCACCACGACCACCCCAGAGACCCCCACGACCUCAGGGACCUCCACGACCAACACAGAGACCACCACCACCUCCUCAGGGACCUCCACAGCCGCACCAGUGACCUCCACCACACCCACGACCACCCCAGAGACCACCACGACCACCCCAGAGACCACCACGACCUCCUCAGGGUCCACCACGACCACCACAGGGACCUCCACGACCAACACAGAGACCACCACCACCUCCUCAGGGACCACCACGACCAUCACAGGGACCUCCACAACCACCUCAGGAACCACCACAACCUCCUCAGGGUCCACCACAACCACCUCAUGGACCACCAUGACCACAUCAGGAACCACCACGACCACCUCGGAGUCCACCACAACCACACGGGACCACCACAACCAGCACAUGGACCACCACCAGCUCCUCAGGUACCUCCACGACCACCUUGGAGUCCACCACAACCACACGGUGACCACGACAUCUUCCUCAGGGUCCUCCACAACCUCAGAGACCUCCACGAUGCCAUCAGUGUCCACCACGACCACCCCAGGGACCUUCACAACCACCUCAGAGUCCUCCACAGCCACCUUGGGGACACCCACAACUGCACCAGUGACCACCACGACCACCACAGGAACCACCACGACCACGUCUGGGACCUCCCCAACCAUCUCGGGGACCUCCACGACCUCACCAGUGACCACCCUGCCCACCUCAGAGCCCACCACGAUCUCAGUGACCUCCACCACCUCCUCAGGCUCCACCACAACCAUGUCAGGAACAACCACCUCAGAGACCACCACGACCACCCCAGUGACCACCACGGCCACCACAGGGACACCCACGACUGUCACAGGGACCAUCCCGACCACCACAGAGACCUCCACGACCACCUCAGGGACCUCCAUGACCACCCCAGAGACCACCACAACCACCACAGGGACCAUCCCGACCAUCACAGGGUCCUCCACGACCACCUCAGGAACCACCACGACCAACACAGAGACCUCCACAACCACCCCAGUGAUCACCACCACCAACACAGAGACCUCCACGAGCACUUCAUGGACCACCCCAACCUCCUCAGGGACCUCCACGAGCACCUCAGGGACCAUGAGCACCAUCCCGGAGACCUCCACGACCAUCACAGAGCCAACCACAACCAUCACAGGGAGCUCCACGACCUCAGGGAGGACCUCCACAACCCCAGGGAGCUCCACGACCACCCCAGGGAGCAGCCCAAGCACCUCAUGGACCACCUCGACCACAUCAGGAACCACCACGGCCAACAGAGAGACCCCCACAACCAUCACAGGGUCCUCCACGACCACCUCAGAGACCACCACAACCACCACGGGGACCAUCUCGACCACCACAGAGACCUCCACAACCUCAGUGAACCCCACAAUCACGCCAGUGACCACCACGACCAACACAGAGACCUCCACAACCACCUCAUGGACCACCACAACCUCCUCAGGGUCCUCCACAACCACCCCAGAGAUGACACCAACCUCCUCAGAGACCACCACGACCACCCCAGUGACCUCCACAACCACCCCAGUGACCACCACGACCUCCUCAGGGACCUCCACAACCUUCUCAGGGUCCUCCACAACCUCAGAGACCUCCACCACCAUCACAGGGAGCUCCACGACCACACCAGAGACGCCCACGACCAUCCCAGAGACCACCACGACCACCUCAGGGACCACCACGACCACCACAGGGACCACCCCGACCACCCCAGAGACCUCCACGACCACCUCAGGGACCUCCACAACCUCAAGGUCCACCACAACCAACACAGGGUCCUCCACGACCACCCCAGUGAUUUCCACGACCUCCGGGACCACCCCAACCAGCACAUGGACCACCAGCACCUCCUCAGGGUCCACCACGCCCACCUCAGGGACCUCCACAGCUACACUGGUGACCUCCACCACACCCACGACCACACCAGUGACCACCAUGACCACCCCUAAGACCACCAUGACCUCGUCAGGGUUCUCCACGACCACCACAGGGACCUCCCCAACCAUCUCAGGGUCUUCCACAACCACCUCAGAGCCCACCACGACUUCAGUGACGUCCACCACCUCCUCAGGCUCCACCACUGCCACCCCAGGGACCUCCGUGACCACCCCAGGGAGCCGCCCAACCACCUCAUGGUCCACCUUGACCACAUCAGGAACCACCACGACCACCUUGGAGUCCACCACAACCUCCUCAGGAUCCUCUACGACCUCAGAGACCUCCACGAUGACAUCGGUGUCCACCCUGACCACCCCAGAGACCACCACGACCUCCUCAGGCUCCACCACGACCAUGUCUGGGACCUCAACAACCUCAGGAGCCACCACGGCCACCCCUGAGACCACCCCGACCACCUCAGAGACCUCCACAACCAUCUCAGGGAGCUCCACCACCUCCUCAGAGUCCACCAUGGCCACCUCAGGGACCUCCACGACCACCUCAGAGUCCACCACGACCAUGUCAGGGACCUCAACCUCCUCAGGGUCCUCCACGACCACCACGACCUCAGGGACCUCCAUGACCACCCCUAAGACCACCACGACCACCUCAGGGACCACCACGACCACUUCAGGCUCCACCACAACCACAUCUGAGACCUCAACCACCGCCGGGUCCACCACGGCCACCCCUGAGACCACCCCGACCACCACAGGGAGCUCCACCACCACCUUGGGGACCACCUCAACCACUGCAGGUUCCACCACGACCACCUCAGGGACCUCCACAGCCACACCAGUGACCUCCACCACACCCAUGACCACCCCAGUGACCACCAUGACCACCCCGAAGACCACCAUGACCUCCUCAGGCACCUCCACGACCACCACAGGGACCUCCCCAACCAUCUCAGGGUCUUCCACAACCACCUCAGAGCCCACCACGACCUCAGUGACGUCCACCACCUCCUCAGGCUCCACCGCUGCCACCCCAGGGACCUCCGUGACCCCCCCAGGUAGCAGCCCAACCACCUCAUGGUCCACCUCGACCACAUCAGGAACCACCACUACCACCUUGGAGUCCGCCACAACCUCCUCAGGAUCCUCUACGACCUCAGAGACCUCCACGAUGACAGACCACCACGACCACCUCGGGGUCUCCCACAACCACCUUGGGGACACCCACAACCGCACCAGUGACCACCAUGACCACCACAGGAACCACCACAAUCUCAGGGACCUCCAUGACCACCCCAAGACCACCCCGACCACCUCAGGGAUCUCCACGACCAACACAGGCUCCACCACAACCACAUCUGAGACCUCAAUGACCUCAGGGGCCACCACGGCCACCCCUGAGACCACCACGACCACCUCAGGGACCUCCAUGACCACCUUGGGGACCACCUCAACCACCGCAGGGUCCACCACGUCCACCUCAGGGGCCUCCACAGCCACACCAGUGACCUCCACCACACCCACGACCUCCUCAGGGACCACCAUGACCACUCCUAAGACCACCAUGACCUCUUCAGGUUCUGCCACGACCACCACAGGGACCACCCCAACCAUCUCAGGUUUCUCCACGACCUCACCAAGACCACCACCAGCUCCUCAGGCUCCACCACGACCACCUCAGGGACCACCACGACCACCCCAGGGAGCUCUACGACCACCCAGAGACCCCCACGACCACCCCAGGGAGCAGCCCAAGCACCUCAUGGUCCACCUCGACCACAUCAGGAACCGCCACGACCACCUUGGAGUCCACCACAACCACACCAGUGACCACAACAUCUUCCUCAGGGUCCGCCACGACCUCAGAGACCUCCACGACCUCAGUGAUGUCCACAACCUCCUCAGGCUCCACCACGACCACAUCUGGGACCUCAACAACCUCAGGGACCACCACGACCACCCCAGAGACCUCCACCACCACCUCAGGGUCCACCACGACCACCUCAGUGACCUCCACGACCACCCCAGAGACCCCCACGACCUCCUCAGGGACCCCCACAACCACCCCAGUGACCACCACGACCACCCUAAGACCACCAUGACCUCCUCAGGAGCCCACCACGACCUCAGUGACAUCCAGCACCUCCUCAGGCUCCACCACGACCAUCACAGGGACCUCCACAACCUCAGGGACCACCACGACCACCCCAGAGACCACCACGACCACCUCAGGGACCUCCACCACCACCUCAGGGACCACCACGACCACCUCAGUGACCUCCACGACCACCCCAGAGACCCCCACGACCACCUCGGGGACACCCACAACCAGCACAUGGACCACCAACACCUCCUCAGGCUCCACCACAACCCCUAUGGAGACCUCCACGACCUCAUGGACCACCAUGACCACCCCCAAGACCACCCUGACCACUCCAGGGACCUCCACGGCCUCCUCAGGGACCACCACAAUCACUCCAGAAACCACCACGACCUCAGAGACCACCACAACCAGCACAUGGACCACCACCAGCUCCUCAGGCUCCACCAUGACCACCCCAGUGACCUCCACCACACCACGACCACACCAGUGACCACCAUGACCACCCCUAAGACCACCAUGACCACCUCAGGGACCUCCACAACCACCUCAGGGACCUCCACGACCACCUCAGAGCCCACCACGACCUCAGUGAUGGUCCACCACGACCACCUCAGAGACCACCACGACCUCAGUGAUGUCCACCACCUCCUCAGGCUCCACCAUGACCACCUCAGGAACCUCCACAGCCAUCUCAGGGAGCUCUACGACCAUGCCAGGGACCACCACGACCUCAGGAACCUCCACGCCCACCCCAGUGACCACCCCAACCACCUCAGUGAGCACCACCACCAUCCCAGGGACCUCCACAGCCACCUCUGUGUCCACCACGACCACAUCAGCGACCUCAACCACUUCAGGGACCUCCAUGACCACUCCUACGACCACCCCAACCAUCCCAGGGACCUCCACAACCUCAGGGACCUCCACAACUCCUCAGGGACACCCACGACCACCCCAGAGACCACCACGACCUCAGGGACCUCCACAACCCCUCCAGAGACCACCACGACCUCCUCAGGGCCACCCACGACCACACCUGUGAGUUCCACGACCUCCUCAGGGACCACCAUGGUCACACCAGUGACCACCACGACCACACCAGAGACCUUCACGACCUCCUCAGGGACCACCAUGGCCACCUCAUGGACCACUCCAACCACCUCAGGGACCUCCACAACCCACCCAGAGACCCCACGGCCACCUCAGGGACCUCCAUGA